AGUUUUUUGCUGAACGUCGUCGUCGCUCGUUCGCUCGAGUGAUUUGUUCCGUCGUCGUCGUGAAGUGAAAAAUAACUUUUUUUUUCGUCCGAUAAUUUCCUCCGAAUGGCAAUUAUCUUUCGUGGGUGCUGCAAGCAGUGAAAAAUUCCCUCACCUGACCUGCGGGGAACAAACAGGUGUCGUGCGUGGUGCAAAAUCGCCUCGAACGGGAUCAGGUUUGUGAAAAAGUCAACACAACACAGUAUGACAGUGCUGCCGUGCUGGAGGCCUACUUUGGUCGUCGCGCAAAGUCCGGAUCUCACCGUGGAACCUGCUGGAAAAAUGUAAUCUCUUUCUUUCGGAUUUGACAACGUGAAAAUUAUCAGCAGUAGGAAGAGCAAGAGUGAAGGAAGAAAAAAAAGGGUGAAUCAUUCUGGAAGUGAGUGUUUUGAUAAAAACAAUCCGGAACCAGGGGAAGGUCCCGUGUUUGCGGGAGGCACCCCACGAAGAAGGAUCUUUCCUCCUCCUGCUCUUCGUCGUCACCAGCAGCAGCAUCAUCCUCAAGUGGAAUUUCAACCGCGCCAUUCCCUAGGGCAAUCGAUACGACGACGAGUUGCUGCGUGCGUGAAAACGUGACUUCGUGCCUCAUCGAAGCAGCAGCAAAAAAGAGGGGGGACUUUUUCCUGUUUUUUGGGAAACCCCGCGUCUUCGUCACCGUGUAAUAAGCAUCAUCUUCAAGGGCGAUACGUGUAAUCUGCUGUGGUGCAAUUUUACUGACAAACAGUAAGCAACAGACACACACACACGCAACACAAAUGGAAGAAGGAAUCCACCAGCUGAGCGUCACGAUCGAGCAUGCGUCUCUGCGGAACGCCGGCUUCCUCAAGCCGAACCCGUACGUGGAGAUAUCGAUCGACAGCAAGAGCACCCGCAAGACGGACUUUCUGAAGAACACGAACGCCCCCAAAUGGAACGAACGCUUCACGGUGAUCGUGUCGGCCAACUCGGUGCUGCACUUUCGCGUGCUGGACCACUCGAGCUUCCGGAAGGACUCGUUGCUUGGGCAGCAGACGGUGUACUUGGCGAACAUCUUGGAGCAUUACAAUGGGGUGCUGGAGAACCUAGAGCUGAGCAUGGACCUGCUGACGGACGGGUCUUCGGGGGGUUCUUCGUCGAAGAGUUCGCACCAUCACCACCACAACCACGAGCCGCGACAACCGGUGAAGACGGGGGAGCUGGUGACGGUGCUAAACGGGUUGAAGAUUGACAUGCGGACGGUGGUGAAUGGGGGUGGUGACGUCAGUGCUGCCGGAAUGUCACAACACGUCAACGGUAACGGGCUGGAGGCGGCGUCGAUGGCCGGUUGUAGCAGUAGCAGCAGCAGUAACAGCCGCAGCAGUAUCCUGAACGGAGGGAUCCGGGCGCGGAUGCGAUUACGUGGUGCUGCUACCGGGUCGGGUCAACUUCAGCCGGGGCCGUCGAACUCGGCGCAGCACUCGCCGUCGUUCAACAACGGAUCUUCGGCGGUGGCGGCGGCGGCAGGAGUGCCGGCGGAUUGCAUCAGCAUCAGCAGUGCCGCGGCGAACUUUAACGAGUUGAGUUUACAUUCCGGAUCGGCGAUGGGCAACGGGGUGGCCAUGCCGAUGGGUGGCGCGUCGACUGGAGCGGUGCGUCGGAGCAGUGGCAUGAACUGGGAUCAGCAGCAGCAGCAGCAACAGCAAAUGAUGCAUCCGCGGUUGGGACCGGUCUACUCCAACUCGUCGCAGGAUUCGUUGAUCAAUGGGGUGCCGAAUGGUGGAGGGACGAACCAGGUCCAACCCCAACCGAUGGUUCCUAUGAACGGAGGAGUUGCGGCACCGCAGGUUUCCGCUGGUGGUGGUGCUACGGCCGGUGCCCUCGUCCCAAUGGGAGGUAGUCUGACGGAUCAACAGAUGAUGCUGCAAGCCGCCGCCCAGCAGAACCAGGUCGACGAAGAACCCCUCCCGGCCGGGUGGGAAAUGCGCGUUGACAAAUACGGCCGACGGUACUACGUGGAUCACAACACGCGCUCAACGUACUGGGAGAAGCCACAACCCCUACCAGCAGGCUGGGAGAUGCGACGAGACGCCCGGGGACGAGUCUACUACGUAGAUCACAACACCCGAACAACAACCUGGCAGCGACCCAACAGCGAACGCCUAAUGCACUUCCAGCACUGGCAAGGCCAACGGCAGCACAUCAUCUCCCAGGGCAAUCAACGGUUCCUCUACCCCCAGCACGCCCAGCAGUCCAACACAACGUCAGUCCCGCACGAAGAAGACGACGGCCUCGGCCCACUCCCAGACGGCUGGGAAAAACGCGUCCAACCCGACAACCGCGUCUACUUUGUCAACCACAAGAACCGAACCACCCAAUGGGAAGACCCGCGAACGCAAGGCCAAGAGGUCAACAUGCUCGCCGAAGGCCCCCUCCCACCCGGCUGGGAAAUCCGCUACACCGCCACCGGCGAACGCUUCUUCGUCGAUCACAACGCCCGCAAAACCACCUUCGAAGAUCCCCGCCCAGGCGCCCCCAAAGGCAGCAAAGGCGUCUACGGCGUCCCCCGCGCCUACGAGCGCAGCUUCCGCUGGAAGCUCUCCCAGUUCCGGUACCUCUGUCAAAGCAAUGCCCUCGCGUCCCACAUCAAAAUAACCCUCACCCGCCAAACCCUCUUCGAAGACUCGUACCACCAAAUCAUGCGCCUCCCCGCCUACGAACUCCGCCGCCGGCUCUACAUCAUCUUCCGCGGCGAGGAAGGCCUCGACUACGGCGGCGUCUCCCGCGAGUGGUUCUUCCUGCUCUCCCACGAAGUCCUCAACCCCAUGUACUGCCUGUUCGAGUACGCCAACAAAAACAACUACAGCCUCCAGAUCAACCCCGCCAGCUACGUCAACCCGGACCAUCUCCAGUACUUCAAGUUCAUCGGACGCUUCAUCGCGAUGGCCCUGUACCACGGACGGUUCAUCUACUCAGGCUUCACGAUGCCGUUCUACAAGCGAAUGCUGAACAAAAAACUAACCACCAAAGACAUUGAGACGAUCGAUCCGGAGUUUUACAACUCGUUGAUUUGGGUGCGCGACAACAACAUUGACGAGUGCGGGCUGGAGCUGUGGUUCAGCGUGGACUUUGAGGUGCUGGGGCAGAUUAUUCACCACGAGCUUAAGGAGGAGGGCGAUAAGGAGAAGGUCAGCGAGGAGAACAAGGAGGAGUACAUCUCGCUGAUGACGGAGUGGCGGAUGACGAGAGGAAUCGAGGAGCAAACCAAAACCUUCCUGGAGGGUUUCAACGAAGUGGUGCCUUUGGAGUGGCUCAAGUACUUUGACGAGCGCGAGCUGGAGCUGAUGCUUUGCGGCAUGCAGGAGAUUGACGUCGACGACUGGCAGCGAAACUCGAUCUACCGGCACUACAACCGCACCAGCAAGCAGGUCGUGUGGUUCUGGCAGUUUGUCCGCGAAACCGACAACGAAAAGCGCGCCCGGCUGCUGCAGUUUGUGACGGGGACGUGCCGAGUUCCGGUUGGCGGAUUCGCCGAGCUGAUGGGCUCCAAUGGGCCCCAGCGCUUCUGCAUCGAAAAGGUGGGCAAGGACACGUGGCUGCCGCGGUCGCACACGUGCUUCAACCGGUUGGAUCUGCCGCCGUACAAGAGCUACGACCAGCUGGUGGAGAAGCUGAACUACGCAAUCGAGGAGACUGAAGGGUUCGGGCAGGAGUAAGAAGGGGCGAAAUUUGUACGGUGAUAUGGUUGAAUUGAUUAUUUUUUUGUGGGGUCCUUUUUCGAACAGUUUUAUAGGUGAAAUGUUGUUUUCGUUUCGUUGUUUUUUCCCUCCGUGUCACACACACAGCAAUUGUUUCGUGUUAAAUUUUUAUAUUAAGCCAGUAUAAACAGUGGAAAGUUUUGGUCCCGCGUAAUUCAGCAUCGAACGCAGUGAAGCAAAACUAGUAAUUCUAUUGUAAAUAGCCCAAACAAAACAAAACGUUGAGAGUCAACGGCCAGGUUGGCCUUUCCUUGUUCCAAAAAAUCGUGAUACAUCAAUGUAGAGUUAGUGAAAAAGUGUUAUUGAAGCAAACUAAAAACAAGCAUGUAAAAUACUAAUUGUAAAUAUCAAAAACGCGCAGCAUUAGGGCUAGAAGUUUAAAAACAAAACAAAAAAGUAAUUCAAUAAAGCUCUAAUCCCACAAUAAAAGAAAAUUGUUGUCUAAAUGGUAAUAAUUAGAAGCGUACUAGCGAAAACAAGAAAAAAACGCAUAUUUGAACAACAAAACUAGCAGCUUUAUACUACAGGAAACGAGCCCAUUUUACCUAAUAUCCAGCAAAGAUUGUGUCUGCUAAAAAACAAUAGAUUUCAUCAAACUUUCCAAACAUCUUUCCCACCCAACAAAAAAAAAAAGUUAAAAAACUCUAAAUCUUUUCAAACCACGUUCCACGCUCGGUCGUUUGUUUCCGUAGAAUAUCAACAACAACAAAAUAACGAGGCGGCAAGAAAACAUAUUGAAAGGAACACUGUCGGGGCCAUGUUAGUGACUAUAGUACUGUUGAGUAAAGCAAAAAAUAAUGCUAACAAAAAUCUGUCUAUUAACAAACACACAACAAACACACACUAAUCGUGCUUAGAAAUAGUCGCAAUCCAAAAAUAACUUGAAAAAAAACGCAAGCAAAGAGUAUUGUUUUGAACAAUCAAUAAAACGGCUAGAAAGGGGAAAAAAUAAACACGUAAAAUUAGUGCAAAAUGAGAACUAAAGCAAAAGAAAACUAAUUUUGUAUGCGGCGGAUUUAGUUACUACGAAGAAAAAAUGUGUUUUUUAAAAGCUAACUGUGUAGCAUGAGAACGGUUACGGCGUAACGAUUCUGUCACAGUUUGUCUUUUUUUGUUUUUUGUAUAAUUGCAUUGUAUAGUUUAGACAGAUUUACGGUGUAAAUACGUGAUAUCAAUGAUACAAAUAAAUGGGAUGAUAUAGAAAAUAAUCGGAAGAAUAAAUUAUGUUUUUUGUUUAGCAAAUAAAGAACGAUAUCAGUAAGGAUGAGACUUAUUCAGAAUA